AACAGAAGGCUUUGAAAGUGUGAGUUGUAACUGAACAGCUUUUGUUACUUGGUUUGUGUUGCAGACUGCUCUACAGCUAUGGUGAGAGAGAAGACCCACGUUAAUGUGGUCAUCAUCGGCCACGUUGACAGUGGCAAGUCCACCACCACUGGACACCUCGUCUACAAGUGUGGUGGUGUCGAUCAGAGGAAACUGGAGAAGUUGGAGAAGGCUGCAGCUCAGAUGGGGAAGAGUUCCUUCAAGUUCGCGUGGCUGUUGGACAAACUGAAGGCUGAGCGAGAGCGGGGGAUCACCAUUGACAUCUCUCUGCUGAAAUUUAACACCCAGAAAUACAGCAUGACCAUCAUUGAUGCGCCAGGACACAGAGACUUCAUUAAAAACAUGAUUACUGGGACAUCCCAGGCUGAUGUUGCCCUGCUGGUCGUCUCUGCAGCAAAAGGAGAGUAUGAAGCCGGUGUUUCCAGGAGUGGCCAGACAAGGGAACAUUCCUUACUGGCUUACACCCUGGGCGUCAAGCAGAUAAUAGUCUGCGUGAACAAGAUGGACAUGACUGAGCCGCCGUACAGCCAGAAACGCUAUGAAGAAGUGGUCAGAGGUGUCAGGGUCUUCCUCAAGAAGAUUGGCUACGACACAAACGCCGUGCCAUUUGUUCCGAUCUCUGGCUGGACAGGAGAAAACAUGAUCACCCCAACACAAAAGAUGUCGUGGUACCAAGGCUGGAAGGUCCGACUAAGGGAUCUUCCAGCAAGUGGGAAAACCCUCCUUGAAGUUCUGGACUCUAUUAAGCCACCUGUGCGUACAAUUAACAAGCCACUACGUUUACCUCUGCAGGAUGUCUACAAAAUUGGAGGUGUUGGGACUGUUCCAGUGGGAAAGAUUGAGACUGGAAUCCUCAAACCAGGCAUGACCCUGAUGUUCUCCCCUGCCAAGCUCACUGCAGAGGUAAAGUCCAUUGAGAUGCACCACCAAGGUCUGGAUACAGCUCUGCCAGGGCACAACGUUGGCUUCAACAUCAAGAAUGUGUCUGUAAAGAACCUGCGGCGUGGGGAUGUUGCCGGCAACGCCCAGCAUGAUCCUCCUGCUGACGUCCACAGCUUUGAAGCUCAGGUGAUCAUCCUGAAUCAUCCAGGAAAGAUAAAACAGGGUUACUGUCCUGUACUGGACUGUCACACAGCCCACGUCACCUGCUGCUUUGCUGAGCUGAAGGAGAAGCUCGACCGCCGUACCAGCAAGAAGCUGGAGGACAACCCACAGCAGCUGAUUUCUGGAGAUGCAGCCACGGUCAGACUGGUUCCUAUAAAGCCUAUGUGUGUGGAGAGCUUCUUUACCUACCCUCCUUUAGGUCGCUUUGCAGCAAGAGACCUGAAGCAGACAGUUGCAGUAGGUGUGAUCAAGUCUGUGGAUAAGGACCAAGGGUCAAAAGCUUCCCAGAAGGAAAAACCAUCUAAAUAAGCUGGUUUUAGUUUAUCUGUUUUCUGCUAACUGUACAUGUAGGCAUUUUUAUUUGGUGAAAUUGAAUGUUUGUGAUGCAACAAAACAUAUUUAUGGUUUCUUUAAAGUGUAUCAUGAUCCUGUGUUAAUAUUGAUCAUAAAGUUGUAAAAAAGGAAUUUUCUUUAAAAUAAAAAACUGCCAUUGGUGUGGAAAAGUUGAGAUUUCAACUGUAUGACUAAAUUAAAUUUAAAAUCUUUGAGUUUAA